AUGGUCCAGCUUUUCGUUGUUCACCCUGAUCUUCAAAUCUCUAACUGUGAUGACUGCCCGUCCAAGGAAUCUUUGGGAAAGAAGAAGGACGCUUAUGUCAACAGUUUCAAACUCUAUAACAAACUAAUUAGACGGUUGUCUUCUAAUCCAGAAGUCACGGAACUACCAAAUUGGUGUUUAACCAAAAGCGCCGAGCACAACGUCCGGAGGAUACUUGAGCACGGUCGCGAUGAGGAUGUCUCGGUUGAUCCAGAGACGAUAAACGAGCUGGAUGCGAUUGACAAUAUGGAUGAUCUCAAGUUAUCGUCCUUCAAAGUGAGCGAUGCCGAUUUUUCCAAACAAGCCUCCUUGAAGGAGAGCGAUGUGCCGCUGAUACAACGCUUGGACCUUCCGGACAAUCUAGACAAGGACUUGACGGAUCAGAAGACGAACAACUUUCUGGCAUUCAAGUAUCUUCAGAUCGUGAUGGACCUCUCUCUCAUCGAGUACAAGUAUCUGCAAGUUUAUGCAAAGAUCAAUAGUGCGAUCAAAAAGUACUUCUCAUCCCCAGAGCUGACGCUUGAUAUGGAAGAAGAGGGAUGCAGAAUAGUGAGUACUCAAAUGGAUUUCUUCAAAAAACUAGAGGUGCUUCUUAAAAAACUGACCUCUGUAAAAGCAGAAUUUGAGAAAAAGAUUCUUCUUCCAAGAAAGGACGUUAUGCAACUAGUUCAAGGCUACAGCUCUUCUCAGAAGCAAGAAGUUGUUGGGUAG